UCUGCAGUGAGCAGAGGAUGAGGAGAUGAGCUGAGGACGCGCUGGAUGGACGGAGCACUACUCAUCUCGGACAACGUCAUGCUCAGUCUACUGCGCCCCCUACUGGUCACCUGCUUGUACACGCUGCUGCUGCCCGGAGGUCAGGGCAGGAUCCCCGGGUACAACAACGGGUUCCACUACCAGGACAUCAGCAACGGCAAUGGCAACGGAGAGAUCUAUUUCGAUGGGGUUCGUCUCCAUGUGGAAUCCCCGCAGCAUUCAGUGUCCGCCUCUAGAGGGAGCAGUGUCACCCUUCCCUGUCACUACCACUACGAGCCUGAGAUCGCCACACCACGCAGAACCCGGGUCAAGUGGUCCUGGUUGCCUUCCAACACCAACACUGCACCAUCUUCCCCUGAAGCCCUCGCCAGCGAAACUGAGGUGAUGGUUGCAAUGGGGAACCGUCACCGCAGCUAUGGAACCUUCCGGGGCCGUGUGCGCCUGAAACGCUCCGCACCGGGGGACAUGUCUCUUGUGAUCAAUGAGCUGCAGCUUAAUGACACAGGAAGAUAUCGCUGUGAGGUGAUUGACGGCCUGGAGGACGAGAGUGUGACUGUGGAGCUGGAGCUGCGAGGUGUGGCGUUUCCCUACUACUCUCAGAAAGGACGCUACCAUUUUAACUUCUUCGGGGCCAAACAAGCUUGCCAGGAUCAGGAUGCCACUCUAGCUACAUUUGAGCAGCUCUUCGUGGCCUGGGAAGAGGGAUUAGACUGGUGUAACGCCGGCUGGUUGGCUGAUGGUACAGUGCAGUAUCCAAUCACAGUACCACGAGAUGGCUGCGGGGGCAUGGACUUAGCUCCUGGUUUGAGAAGCUAUGGUCAGCGCCAUCGCCUCUUCCACAGCUAUGAUGCUUUCUGCUUCUCCGCCUCUGUCAAGGGAAGUGUGUACUUCUUAAAGCACCUGACCAAGCUUAAUUUCACUGAGGCUGUCCAGGCAUGUUCCAUUGAUGGAAGUCAGAUUGCCAAGGUGGGCCAGCUGUAUGCCGCCUGGAGGCUGAUGGGGUUUGACCACUGCGAUGCUGGCUGGUUGGCUGACGGGAGUGUGCGUUAUCCUAUCACAAAAGCCCGGGCUAACUGUGGCCCGCCUGAACCAGGGGUGCGUAGUUUUGGGUUCCCGCCUCUGUACCUUAAGUUUGGUGUCUACUGCUAUCGGUAGAUGCUCUGACUCAACAGGAGACAAAAACAUACCGUUCUUACAGCACACUGGUUUAAAGCUCUCCUCGGGGGUGUUAGCAUUAGCUGUAGACUGGAUGCAAAUUAGCAGUUAAUGUCUGAGCUGUUUUAAAGCAAUUUCAUUGGGUUAACAUUCUCCACCUCCAUUAGACUGAAACUCAUGUUCAGUAUUGAACUUAAGGUUAUCAACUGUUUUUGCACUUGUGCUUUGGCAUGGCCACACUAUAUGGCCAAAAGUAUGUGGACACACAUGUGUUAUAGCUGAAUAUCUUAAUACUAAAACAGAGGGCAUUAAUAUGCUGCUGUAACAGCUUCCACUCUUGUUGGAAGUUUUCUCUAAGAUAUUUUGGAUCCUAGCUGCAAGGAUUUUCUUACUUCAGUCACAAAAGCAUUACUUAGACUUCCAACUGAAGUUGUGUGAUAAAGCCUAGCUCAAAGUCAGUAUUCCAGUUAAUCCCAUUACUUCAUGGCUCUUUUUUGUACAAGUUGUAUUUUCGUGUUGAAACUGGAAAGGACCUUUCAAAAAUUGUUGCCGUAAGCAACACACUACUGAGCAUAUUCUGUAUUUUUAUAGUAUAAUUAAGAUUACCCUGAAAACAAUCAAAGAGGUCUAUCCUGACAAUGACAACAGCCCCAAACAAGGAGUACGUGGACAGUAAUGUCUACAUACUACUGGCCAUAUAGUCUAAUCAACUACAACAAUCUGAAGAAAAAAACAUGGUUUGCUUUUGGCCUUCAGUUAUUUGGGCUGCAAAUACCCCUCACAGAUCAAAUCAACUCCUUUUUUUUGGUAACCAUUUGAAAUAUGACUUCACGGCUUUGACUUUUCUCCACCAACAGCACUGACUUUAAUCCACAUAUGAUUGAUUUCAAACUCAGGGAAAAUAUUCUAAUAAAAAACACUCUCCAACCACACCUAAGUCCUUCACCUUCCCUGUCUUUAUUCAACAAGAACCUUUUCCUGGUCUUUAGCUGUGCCCUCCAGAACACUGCAGUAAAACAGUAACAAACAUUAACACUUUCAACCUUGGUACUGCAUCUUCAGAACUUUGUGUGAAGUGCCUUGCUAAAGGGCACCUUGAUGGUGAAGGAAUUGGAGAGUGUCUUUCAUAAUUUUUGUGUCAGAACUGUCGUCUUGGUUGCACACUCACUAACCAUAGUUCACUUCCACUACACACUCUCUGUCUCUGAGUAUGUACUUCGUAAAUGUUUGUGUAUCUGAGUUCAUAAAGUAUAAUGCAUAUCUUUUUCAUUUUUCUGAGGAUGAUUAAAAUAGUACUCUGUGAUGGAGAAGUUAGGAGUGUAUUGUUGUAAUAUUUAAACACACAAGUACCUUUUUUUUUCAUUAUAUACUGUAUGUCCACAAAUUUGUACUAUUUUCUACAGAUGAAUAAAAACACAUUCUGAAGUGACAAUUUUAUAUGAGAUACAUUUGUUAGAGGCCCAUAAACACGAUAAAUGAUG